UUCAGCAUAACAGAGAUCGUACCCAAUUUUUUAUACCUUGGACCUGAAAUUACAUCACCAGAGCAACUGGACAUACUCAAAUCAAGAUCGAUCCGGAGAAUCUUGAAUAUGGCCGAAGAAUGCGAUGAUGAUAUACCCGGACUAAAGGAAUCUUUUGUCUACUGCAAGAUACCAGCAAGAGACACGGUAGAAAUGAAAAAUGUUCAAGACACACUGCGGACGGCCGUACAAGUUAUCAAUACUGCAAGACGACAUUAUGAACCGGUCUAUGUGCAUUGUAAAGCAGGCAAGUCAAGGUCAGUCGCCGUCAUCUUGGCUUAUCUUGUUCUCUCUGAAAAGUGGACUUUGAAAAGAGCUUACCAACUCAUUGUCAAGGAAAGGCCUGGAGCAUCACCCAAUAUUGGGUUUGUGGCAGAAUUGUUAAAACUGGAA